AUGGAGAAGAAAAUCGCAAAAACGCAAGAGCAAACGGACAAAAACAUCGAAAACAGAAAAGAUAGGGGAGACAGCCCUCGAAGGAUAAAACAUAAGUUCGAUAAACCAAAUCCUAUUGAUAGUUUAGCGAACAAAAAAGUUUUACACGACCGAGGUGACUCUAAAAAGGCGAAAUUCGAAGAAACACAAAUUAAAUACGACGCGACAAAGUUAAACAAAGCGGUGGAAGCCAAUCCGAAAUCAAUUAAGCAGACGAUUAGUGUUGCCAGCAAGAACGGGAUACAACCCAAGAGGAACGACCAAAAGUCCCCCUCGAACAGCACCGAUUUCGCUUUGCACGAUGACAAACCCAAGACGUGGACAAAUUCCAAGCUCGCUGAUGGUAGAGCUACGUGUGGCAAGAAAACGUUGGAAAAGGUUGAGGGUUCCUCACGACAAACGUCGGACGUAAAGAGCGAUCACGAGGCGGGCAACGGGGCGAGGCAAGGUGGUGCAAACAGGAGGAAGGUCAAAGAGGUGAUCACCAUUCCCUACAUGCCAGCCGAUGAUCCGCCCUGCCAAGAGACCGACAACGAGCCCGCACCGGUGACGGAGCCCAAAACCAAGCCGAGGAACGUCGCAGCGAGGCACAAAGCGGUCACGUUCAAGGAGCAAGGCGAGAUGUCACCGAACCGGCAGAGGACAGUCCCGAGGGGCCCGAGAACGAGGCACGUGGAAGCGGCCCGAACCAAAGCGCAGAACCCCCCGAAGCAGAAACGCCGCAGGAAGCCGAAUAGCUCGCCGUCCCCUAUCAAGGGGGCUAUAAACGAGUCCCAGCCAACAGAGGUGGUGAAGUGGUCGCCUUCGUGCCUCAGCAGCCAGACCAGGCCCUACUACGAGGCGUGGGUGGACACCAGCCUGACCGCCGUCUCCAGGUGCAGCGAGCGGGAGAGGCUGAGGCUGGAGCGGGAGAUGGAGACGCUGCAGAGGUCGUGGAGACCGGUCACGCCGGAGCUGUUAUACGAACGGCACGACGACGAAUCAUACACGGGGAGGAUCAGAGUGAGGCUCGGG